ACCUCAUCAUUUUAAAUAUCAGACUCCUCCCUUAAAGGUACUCUUCUAUUUGCUAGCAACAUCUGAAAUUUUUCUUCCCAUUUUUUGUUCAUUUCUGCCAUUUGCUCUUGAAAAUCUUUUGUAAUUUGAUCAACUCUUUGAUUAGUUUCCCUUUUAACUUCUUCCACUUGUGCAACGAAGAUGCAUUACAUUGCUUGAAGUGUUCUGGACCUAGAUAUAAGGAUGUUUCUGAGCAAGACAAGUGCAAUAAAUCAGAAAAGAAAAAAGGAGUUGCUCAUAAAGUUUUGCGUUACUUUCCUUUGAAACCAAGGUUGCAAAGAUUAUUUAUGUCACCAGAAGUAGCUGCAAACAUGCGAUGGCAUCAUGAUGAGCGUUUGAAAGAUGAGAUUCUUAGACAUCCAGCAGUGUGGAAGUCUUUUGAUAAACUAGAUCCAGGGUUUGUCAUAGAACCUCGUAAUGUCAAGUUAGGAUUAUCAGCAGACGGAGUCAAUCCUUUUGGAAACAUGAAUAAUUCUCACAGUACUUGGUCGGUUGUUGUUACCGCUUAUAAUUUGCCACCUUGGAUGUGUAUGAAGCAACCAUAUUAUAUGUUGUCAUUAUUAAUUCCUGGUUCUAAAGCUCCUGGAAAUGAUAUUGAUCUGUAUUUACAGCCUUUGGUAGAGGAGUUGAAAGAACUGUGGUAUUAUGGUGUUGAUACUUAUGAUGCUUCAAGGAAAGAAACUUUUCGUAUGCGUGCUGCACUUUUGUGGACCAUUAAUGACUUUCCAUCCUAUGCAAAUUUAUCAGGAUGGAGCACAAAGGGAGCAUUAGCAUGCCCUUCAUGUCAUAAGGAGACUCAUGCUAUCAGGCUGAAACAUGGGAAAAAGUUUUCUUACAUGGGUACUCAUCGGUUUUUAUCUUCUGAACACAGGUGGCGUGGUGAUAAGCGGUCCUUUGAUGGAACGGUCGACCAUAGGUCUGCUCCAACACCCUUAUCAAAUGACCAAGUAUUCAAACAAGUGAACAAUCUUGAAUUUCAAGAGUUUGGCAAAGAUGAGCAAAAGAACAAGAAAUAUGUUCGCAAAAAGUAUUUGAAUUGGAGAAAAAAAAAGUAUUUUUUUUCCAGCUACCUUAUUGGAAGAGGAAUUUACUACGUCAUAACCUUGAUGUUAUGCACAUUGAAAAGAAUAUACGUGAUAACAUUAUUGACAGUUGACACUUCGCUGAAUAUUGAGGGAAAAACUAAAGAUGGGUUGAAUGCCCGACGAGAUGUGAUGCAAUGCAUAUGAGGAUAAGGAAAAAGUUACAUCCCAAAGAGAAAGAUGGAAAGAUUUAUAUACCACCGGCAUGUUACAAUCUUUCUUCAGCACAAAAUAAGAAGUUAUGCAGGUUUUUGAAGGUUGUGAAAGUUCCUGAUGGCUUUUCUUCGAAUGUGUCUAGAUGUGUGAGUGUGAGAGAUCACAAAAUAGUUGGGCUUAAAAGUCAAGAUUCUCAUAUUAUGCUAGAGCGUCUUCUAUCUCCUACUCUACGUGGUAUUGCCCUUCCAAGUGUUUACGAUGCCAUUACUGAAUUGUGCAUAUAUUUUAGAGAGUUCUAGAGAAUUGAGUGUGGAUGUUUUAGAGCAUCUUAACUUUACAAUUCCUACAACACUGUGCAAGCUCAAGAGAUUGUUUCCACCAACAUUCUUUGAUGUUAUGGUGCAUUUAGCUGUUCAUCUUGCUACUGAAGCAAAACUUGCCUGACCAGUUCAAUUUCGAUGGAUGUACCCAGUAGAGAGGUAAUAUUUCAUUAUAUAUAAGAUAUAUGAACUAAGUUAUGUUUGAGUUUGUGUUACUCUAAUUUGUGUAAUGGGUUCUUGUGUUGGUGCAGGUUUCUUCGUAAAUUGAAAUAUUAUGUUCGAAAUAAAAAUCGCCCAAAAGGUUCUAUGGAAGAAGGAUAUAUUGUGGAAGAGAGUAUUAUAUUUUGUUCAAGGUACUUACAGGGAAUGGAAACUCCAUUCAAUAAAUUGGAGAGAAAUGCUGAUGGAUGCCAUAUUAAUUCAAGUAAAAAACUAUCAGUUUUUGGUCAAGCUGGAUAUCCAUUAACAACAAUUAAAUCAAGAUCAUUGGAAUUCUCAGAAAGAGAGCAAGCUCUUCCUUAUGUCUUAAAUAAUUGUGAAGAAGUUGAACCUUUUCUAAGGGAAUAUGAGAAAGAUGCACAUGAUGUAGCAUUCCAUCAAUGGUUCUAUAACAAGGGGAUGUCUGAACUCCAUCAUAUUCAAGGUUCUAAAGAUGAUGAACUGAUUAGUUGGGAGAAAGAAUCUCCCCAAUAUGAUUUUAUGGUUCAUAACGAAUCUGAUGGUAUUGGUAGCAAUCAUGAUAGUGACAAUGGUGAAGAUGAAGAUAAUAGUUCUUAUGAGGAAGAAGAUGAUGAAGACCUCUUGUUAUAAGGUAUAACAUAUAUUAUAUUUGACAACUUUUGUUUGUUUUAAUGAUUUCCUCAAAAUUAGAAUUUAAUUUUGUAAUUUUCUUGUUGUACAGCUACAUGUGAUAUCAUGUUCAAAUCCUUUAUCAGAGCUUGCCAUUUUUGGAGAUAUUUGGCAGUCACACUCACCUCAUAUUUUGUUGGUUUCUCCUCAGUAUUGGUACAUGAGAAUGCAUUCUCAUUAUUUCUGGAAUACAAAAACUUCCUUUAAGUUUAGCUGAUUAUUAUGAACCUAGAGAAUGUGUAGACUGAUUUAGUGGUAGUUUGUAUGGAUUAUUGUGUUCUUGAACCUCGUGCUUUUCUUGUUUGGACUAAUUAUCUUCUAUGUCAAAAUUUGUUAAGAAACCUCUUUUUAUUUGGUUCCUUUGUAAGCUAUUAAUUUUUUCUCAACAAAGUUAUUUAUUUAUUGUUUCAUAAAGAAUGAUUUGGUCCUCAGCUAUCCCAAAUUACAUUAAAUUCACAUCUUCGAAUAUUAGAAACCUAGCUUUGCACCAUGCCCAUCCAUUACAAACCAUUAUCCUACAUACUAGCAAAGCUAGAAACUAACAGGAACAUCGGUCUUCUAAACUCCAUUACAAUGAACGAAAAGUUCAAUUGAAAAUAGCCAUAAACUAUAUGAUUUGGGAUUAAUAUUGAAGUAAAUUAGCCAAGUUCCUCAUCUAUCAACUCCCCAUCCAAAUCCCAUUGAUAUCAAACUCGCAUUCAUAUAAAACCAAACAAUGAAAGUAAUAAGAGAAGGAUACAAACAAAAAAUAAAGAGGGCAGAGAACUCAGAGCCACUUUUACAAGUUGGCUUCCGCAGACUGGCAAUGACGAUGACACAAAAGGUCUCAACACUAUAAAAAGUGUCCAGUUUAAUGUAUGGCUACAGUGUGCAUGGCCUUGGCAAGUGGUGAUAGGUUGCUACCAUUAGCUACCAUUUAUAUAUCCAUAGCAAACGUAGUUUUUUUCUAGGUUGUUUUAAGGAAAUUAAAGAUAAUAUAAUUUACUUAUUGCUACAAAUUAUUAUAUAUAAAACUAUCAUUUCAUGUUGGUCACCUACAAUUUAGAAUUUUCGUAACUGAAUAUUAUUAGUAGUUGCGAGAUCAUAUUUUGUGGCUAAAAGUAAUAAAAUUGUCAUGCAUAAAAAAGUUUAACACUAAAAUGCAAUAAGUUGGCUACGACUCAUGUUGUGGCAAACAAUGUAGUAGCUAAAACAUUAGUUAUGGCUACAAUUCUUGUAGAGCAAAACUAAAAAUCACCAUUGGCUACAAAAAAUGACUUCUGUAGAUAUAUAUUCAUUUUGAAAUAUGAUUAGCUAUGAAGUAAUAAAAUAUAUAGCUAUUGUUGUACACUAGCCACAAUUACUUGACCUGUAACUAAGAAUUCGUGUCUAUAUGUAUGGUUUGUUGUAGUGUUUUCACUUAACUGCACAAAAAAACGGAGUCUGAACACCUUCUAGUUUCAUUCCAUGCAACGAGAUAUUGGCUGUGUGCGAUGAACAAGUAAUGCUCACAGCUUUCAAAUCCAUCCGUAUUCGUUAAGAUAUGUACAUGGCUUUCUUUUAGGCUCGCAAAGAAUCUACGUUGGCUUAUUGUAUAUGCUGGUACAAUAAUAUGAGAUAUUCCAGCAAUAUGAAAAAUUGCUAUGAGAUAAUAAUAAAAAACACAAUAAUGCAUAUCAGAAAUAAAAAAAUACAUACAUGAACACAAAAAUACAUACUCGAUUAUAAUUUGGAUCUAAGGGAAGGAGGAGAGGACCAUGGUCACUUGAAUGUAUUUUCAAGUGUCGUGUUGGGUCGUUCACAUCCACUUAUAGUAUCCUUUCUCUCCAAGUGAAGCCCAAUUGUUUGGCCUUGUGGGAGUUGGUCAUUGAGUGCAAGCAGUAGAGCCUUCGUACUUAAAAGGUUGCUCAUUGAAUAAGAGUGUGUUGUAUUGUUGUUUAGUAGUGUUAACAAAGUCAUUGUCUAAAC